CUACUUGAUGCAUUUCGCGCUCAUUAUGAACAAUUCCAAAUUAUUCUGACCCAAGUUUAUUCUCAAGAAACAGACUCAUUUCUACUUCAACUUCUUGGUGAAGACUUGGAGCAGUUUGGCCAAAUGGUUAAUCAGCAUACCACCCUAUUUGCACCCGAGGAGCUUCAAGUCCUUCAAAAUGGUGUUCAGCUCAUGAUAAUUGAUGUCAGGGCUCUAUAUGGACAGACUACUGAAUCAUCACAUCAAGGAAGACCUGAAGUCAUUCAUCGAGAGUAUACUGGCCGUCCAGGUCGCCCACGUAUUGAGAUUAAUCCGGAAUUUCUGCAUUGGGCAUAUACCCAGCGCUCAACAUCUGCCUUGGCGCACUUCCUUGGUCUAAAUCGUGAUACUGUGAGGCAGCGUCUGCUUGACUAUGGUAUUGCAUUGCCCGGCCAAAAUCCCUUUCCAUCCACUCCAGAUACCAGUAAUAUUUCAUCAAGUACCAGCCAGCAUGAAGAUAAUAUUCUAGACGCUCAAAUUCCUGAUCCCAUUCAAUUACCUGAACAAAUCCGUCUAAUUCGAUGGGGUAUUGUGAUUCAUGGCUUCAUUGAUGGUUAUUCACGAAUGAUCACUGGUCUGCGAGCAAGCAACAAUAACCGUGGUCAAACUGUUAUGUCCCUUUUCCUGUCAUCU